ACACGGACACGGUGGUUGACUGAGCCCCGAUCCCGCCGCUCUCGCUCGACGGUCGGGGAAGGGAACGCCGCGGCGCUUAUCCCGGUGUACGGCGCCGCCGGCCAGCGAAAGCGAUGCCGGGCCCGGGGCCGCACACGAUGUAUACGCUGGGGGCCGGGGUGGGGCUGAUGCGCCUCUCCCGCGGCCGAUUCGGGCCGCACCACUGCCUCUUCUACGCCGCCAACGCCUUUCUCGGCCCCGACCUCGGCUCCUUCGCCGAGUGGCUUACCUCUUCCGUCCUCGGCUUUGGACGCUCCUUCGGUUCCUUCGCCAUGGACGUCGUCCAUCAUCCCUUCUAUUACGUCCUCGUCCUCGGCCUCCCCCUCUCCUUCUUCUAUGCCUGGCUCUCCGGGUUCCUCCUCCGCCGGAACCUCCUCGAUACCGUCUCAGGGGUUCCCUUGAGCAGAAGGCAAUGCUUCUUGUUGCUGUCGGCAGGUUCAUUGUCACAUUUUUUCUUAGAUCACUUGUUUGAGGAAAAUGGCCAUUCUUCAAUGUAUUCUUGGGUACUGAGCACAGGAUGGUGGAAAGGCAGAGCUCCUAUCAACCCAGAAGCAGUUGUUGUCAUUGGAAUUUUAUGCACUUGUCUAAUUGGGGGCUUUAUUUACAUCAACAGAGUGAAGCAGGGAAAAUCAGUUCUUGCUAAAUCGAAUCAGUCAUUUAGACUUGUGCUGGCAAUAGCAGCACUGUACUGUAUGUGGUGUGCUAGUCAGAUAUAUUGGAGAAAUCCUCCUCAGCCAGCGGUGGGGGAAGAGGCAGAUCUUGGCGUUCUCAUAUUUCUCGGCACCUAUUUUUUUCUCCCACACAGCUUGUGUAUAUUGUCAAUGAAUCAGAAGGAGUACCUGGAUACAUUGGAUCAGCUCCCAUUGUAACUAUAUAACUUGCACUCAUGCACAGACUUCACGAGCAUUGGGCUCAAGAAUUCAUACUUCUGGGGUUUCAUAAGGGAACAUGGUCUCAUGAUUUGCUGUUGAUUGAAAAUUUGAACUUAUGCUAGGGGACAAAUCAAGUUAAUACUGGAGUAAGAUUGCAGCAGGUGCUAGCCUCUCGGCACUAAUGUCAAAUGGAAUCGGGUGCCCGUAUUUUGCGAUGAAAUUUGUGUAAAUGUUCUGCGAAAAUGAAAAAAAAAAAUUCUCACCCAUUCAAGGGUAUCAGCAGCUAUAUGUGAUGUAUACUGCAUGUGAAUCAGACAAAGUUAAUUGCUGCAAA